CCCAAACCAGGCGACAUCAGCGUCUUUGUCCAAGCGGAACCAUCUGGAUAAUAAUGUCGGAAUAAUUUCAACCACCAUCGCUUCCAGCCGACUGCUAAGGAGCGUCCGUACGUAGACCACUGCGAAAACAUUUUCAACUUUAUUAUCUUCGCGUAGCAGAUCGGGCACGAAAUGCGCGUGUCUACUCAUCGCAGGAUCCGCUGUUGUGUGGUGGCCUUGCCUCAACAUGCCUCCGUAUCCACCACAGCUCUCGUCUCCAUCAUCAUCUCGAUACGAGCCUAUAAAGGAAAUGGAUCAAGAGUCUGCUCUGAUCAUGGCUGGCGUGGUGCGAGUCUGACUUGUCUAUCCAAUGACGACGAUGAUUUAGGGACGGCCGACCUGUACAAGCGAAGUAGCAUUGACACCAGAUUUACCUGGAUCUUCAAUCGGAUCAUUACACAUUCCCGAGAACAACCGCAAACACCACAUCGGCGACGCCGCCCCGAUUCGACAUGGAAGUCGUGUGUAACAUGGACACAUUGGAACAAUUCUGGCCCUCCUUUAACAGACAGAGGAGACUCGUACCACGCAAGCCACAAACUGCGCGAUACAGCACCGCAACUGGACUUCGCAUCCCAAAAUUUAAGGGAACAUGGUAGCAGUGCUGAUCUCCCCGUGUGACUGCUGUACAGCUCAUGCCGGCGACAACACGUCAAGUCUGGAUCACUACCUCGUCCUGAUCGGAUCCGUCCUUGGCAUCACGCCAUGAAUUCCAUCCCGAUCUCUGCUCUCAAGGGAGCCAUGAGUUCUCGACUUGCAUCUUGUCGCUCGGGGGCACG